AUGCUAAGUAUAAGUAAUCCAAAUGUCGCAGUUAUAGAAAGAAUUGUUCCUGAUGGUGGUUGGGGAUGGAUUAUUGUAUUAUCAUCUUUCAUUAUUCAUUUUAUAAUUGAUGGAAUAACAUAUUCAAUGGGUGAUAUCUAUUUGGAACCAAUGUUAUUUAAUCUUCAAUUUAGUCGGGCUUAUGUUUCAGCUAUAUUUUCUUUAUUAGAAUCUAUUACAUUAGCUUCAGGUUAUAACAAAUGUUCAACAAAAAUAUAUAAUUUAUUCGAUAUUUUAUUUUAUUUUAUUUUAUUUAUUUUAGCACCUAUUUCGACAGUUUUUACAAAUACAUUUGGAUGUCGUACAAUAACGAUAGUUGGUGCUAUAAUAGCAUCACUUGGAUUUUUUCUUAGUCGAUGGUGGAGUAAUGUUUAUUAUUAUUAUCUAACGAUUGGUAUUAUUGGAGGCAUUGGUUGUGGACUUAUCUAUUUACCGGCAAUUGUUUCAGUUGGAUAUUAUUUUGAAGAAAAACGUUCAUUUGCAAUUGGUAUAGCUGUUUGUGGUUCAGGUUUGGGUACAGUUGCAUUUCCAUUUAUUUUACCUUGGAUUAUUAAUAAAUUCUUUUCAAAUAAUUAUAAAAAUGCUCUUCUAUUUGAAUCACUUCUCAUAUUUACUUGUAUAUUAUUUGGUCUUCUUAUGAUUCCUUUAGCAAUAGAACCUAGUGAACAACGUCGUUUACAAUCGAAAUUACGAACAGAAACUAAACGAAAUGUUAACAAAUCAAUAGAAAACAUUGAUGACGGAAAUAAUCAAACUAUUAAGCAACUUCCUCAACAUGAAAGGUUUGAAAAGAAAAAAAAAACAAAUCUUUGA